AUGGAUAAGCCAGUAAAGCCCACAAAGAAGGACAAGGAGGUGCAGAUAAGGACACCCUUGCGUUUCCUUGAUCAUACAAAGGUGAAGAAAAAUCAGCAACUCGAGGCAAUAUUGGAACGUGAAAACUCGUAUCUGCACACCUCAACCACCGCUACAUAUAUUGGGAAAAUUUUUAAAAAUCGUAUCGAAUUUGCAGGCGAAAAGAAUGCCAAGAAACCACCAGUGAAGAGGAUAAAAUUUUCGCAAGUAGAAAGAAUUAUUCCGAACGAUGAUGCCCUCUGCGUUCAUGUAGGCUGGCGGCAAGGUAAAUCCGUCUCAGUGACUUCCUUUGCGUUUACUGAAGAAGCUGUUUAUAAUGGAUUCAUAAACAACCUUGAGAGUACAAGAGGCUUCGCGCAGGACUCGAAAAAUCAAGCAAAUCAAAGUGCAGGAACAGAGACUUUCUACCGCCCAACACCAUCUUCUCCUUCACCAAGAUGGGAGAAUUCAGAAAAGAAUGCAGAGCCGUCAAUUCACAGACGUUUAAGUGAGGGCUACACAACGAGUUACAUCAUGUGGGAGGAACCUCAGGCGAGAACCCACCACGAUAUGAAGUCUGCCAACUUGCAUAUGCCAAUAAAUGAGGCUCCUAGCUCCUUUGGAACCAGUGAUACCGAAGAGAAUGUUAAGAUUGUGGGACGAGAGGAGGAGGAGGAGGAGGAGGAACAAACGGUGACCGAAGAAAACAUGGACGAGGUACACCACUGUCCCUGUUGUGUUCAACGCUCUGGAAUUAACCUGAAACUCUCAAACCAACAUCUUAAGGCUUACGCGCCAUCAACAGAAAGAGGACAGUCAUAUACUAACUUCCCUGCCCAUUUGUCACACAACUACAAGUGCUACCGUCCUCAUCAGGCACGGACGACGUCAUCGAUGUCAAGAGAGUCUACUACUGACUUCAACGAAACCUUAUUUGAUACCUUCAAUGACAGCGAUUCAACAAUGCUGUAUCCUAUAAGAUCGCGACCCAGAUCUCUUCCUCCACCAAUCCAGAGUACACGAAACGUUGCCAGACCGGCAGCACCACAACAGCGACAUCAACAAACUCAUCACCAACAAAAAUUUGUACCCAAAGUACCACGCAGUUAUCAGCAUACAUUAACCGUUGAUUCUUCGUCAUCUUCGGGCUACACCAGCGCCACAUUUCAUGAAGAUGGUCUUGAAUUAAUCGUGGAUCCCACAACCUCGGGUCAGUACAUUCGAAACCAAAAGCGUUUCGUGACGGGGAGAGUUCACUCAAGAAAUAGAAACGAACCUGCCUACUACUACCGCAAAAAUCCUUCCAGUCUGCCUCGAAUUCCUCGAGUACGAGAUUAUGAUUAA